UCCUUUCACCUUCAGGCCCUUUUCCCUCGAAGCUAACCACGUUGUUGGUGUCUGUUCCUGGCUCACCGCUGUUCGCUUGAAUUUCUUCCGAAUAAGUCGGUCAGGAAUACAUAAAAUGGCUUUCAAGGACACUGGCAAAGCACCUGUUGAGUCAGAAGUUGCCAUCCAUCGCAUCCGCAUCACCCUCACCAGCCGCAAUGUUAAAUCUCUGGAGAAAGUCUGUGCAGACCUGAUCCGUGGUGCUAAGGAGAAGAGCCUGAAGGUGAAAGGACCUGUCCGCAUGCCAACUAAGACUCUGCGCAUUACAACCAGAAAGACUCCAUGCGGUGAAGGAUCCAAAACCUGGGAUCGCUUCCAAAUGAGGAUCCACAAGCGCCUGAUUGACCUGCACAGUCCAUCCGAAAUUGUCAAGCAGAUCACCUCCAUCAGCAUCGAACCCGGUGUUGAGGUGGAAGUCACCAUUGCAGAUGCAUAAACUGCAUAUUUUCAAUAAAAGACUAACCUGAA